CAGUUUGUCCAAAUUAGGGCGGGAUAGUUUGGGCUGUCUGAAUAUCUAUCAACGAGUAUUGACUGUAGUUAAGAAUUAACACAGUAACGAUGCAUGAUUUAACAAUAUCUUAAAGCCUCUGUUGCAACUUGCAAUGCAAUUCUACUUUUAAGAGACGUAAAUUAGUGAAGAGUCUUUAAAAUGUAAGUGCAAGAAACGUCCAUGGAGAGCAAGAAACACAAAUUUACAUCUCUCAAAUGUGGAAUUGUAUUGUACGUUGUGUGAAAAAUCGCUGAAGAGAUCCAAGCGGGGCCAUAGCUAGAAGCUUAAUUUGGGAGUGCAUAUUCAUGUAUUUGUCUUAUGCUCGACUGAUUUCUUUUGAAAACGAUUGUAUGUUGUAACGUGUAUGGAAACAUGAAUAUAUGAAUAUAUAGGCAUCGCGACUGUGUGUGAACGUUUGAAACGAAGCAACAUCAAAGACAAAACUCGAUACCUGCUUUGGGCUGUAUCAUAGCUGACACAAAUAAACGAAUUCGACGAGCAAAUCAUCGCAAUGGACGUUAUGAGAAAGAUGUUUUCUGUACCACCAGAACGACCGCUGACCUCUACUCAACGCUUCAACUUCGUAACUGCUUUGAUCGCGUACGUUAUUGGGGGACUGAGUCUGACAUUCGCACCAGGUUUCGGAAACGCAAUUAUCAACCUGGAUCUUUCUCCUCAUGAUAUGGGAUAUUUCACUCUUACUGGGUCCGGUUUGACCACCAUCGGAUUUUGUUAUUUGGUUAUAUCAAGGCAUAAGUCAAGCCAAAUUCCUAACCACAGUCCUUUGCUUGGAACUGUCGCUGGUCGACUGGUGUUAGUCAAUGUUGUUUUAAUAUGGUUUUACGCAAUAAAAAUAAUCAAUGCUCGCUUUGUGCUCUUGAUUACCACACUGGACAGCGUACUUGCCCUGCAGACUUACGUCAUUUGGUCACGAGAGACUAAAGACGCGUCGUUCGUGAAGUUUUGCCGCGACAUCUGGUCUACCAUUAUCCCAUCUUCCCAAAGGCCACUGCGCUACACCAUCUUCCAGGCUCUUGGAUAUGCUCAGUUUUUCGCGAGCUUUCUGGCGCCUUUGCUCUUGAUGACCAGCGGUGUUGUCCCAAGUAGCAUCCGAGGAAGUCAUGUAGAGGGUCUGUUUCGAUCCUUUUUCUUCACCAUGGGAGUUCAUGCUGUCCUACAAAUUCUUGCCUCAGGAUCGCAAAACGAUUCCUUUCCUAUGGUAGCAGUGUGUUAUCGUAUGAUGUGGAACAUUCCACUCUUUAUCUUCCUCUCAAUCACCUCGCAAAUCCCAAGAGCACUUUCCAACCUUCUCAUUAUGUAUGAUGUCACGUUUAUGAUUAUUACUAUGGCACUUUUUGCAACAGGACAUCGAGUUGACAAGAAAAACUAAGCGCGAAAUAUAUAGCUUUGACCAGCAAUAGACCUUUUCAGCUUGCAUGCAAAUCUCAGAUGUUGUGACCAUGGGAUA